UGAUGGUGAAUAAAAUAAAUACCCGAGAUUGAACCUUUCGAAAAAUAAUAGAGUAACAGUUUAUCGUUAUUAUUAUAAAAGUGUUGUUAGAAUAAGUAUUAUCUCAACUACUCAAAAUAAGUGUUAAAUUUGGCAUUGGUGUUCUUCAGUUGAAACGCGUGCGAUUCAAUGCUGGCGAUUCAAAAAUUAUGAGUUAUUUUUUCACUUGCUCAAGCUACGAAUUCUCGCCUUGUGUUCCCGGAAUAGGCAGUGCAGAAACAGCCAUUACUGGUAACCAAGCUGCAGCGAAUGACUCAUGCAGUAAUUGGAUGGAGGUCUUUCGGAGGGUGUACAAAUGGAGGAGAGUCCAGGUCCAGGUCCCCCUCCAGGCAAACCUCCUCACAGCUUGAUGGAGUGGAGGAAGAGGGUCAAGUCAGAGUACAUGCGGCUCCGGCAACUGAAACGCUUCCGCAAAGCAGAGGAGGUCAAGUCUCUUUUCAUGUGCAAUCGCAGGAAGAUCAAGGAGAGAACCAGCCUUCUAAACGACGAGUGGCUGAAGCUCAGAAUUCAGCCAGUCCCACUGGCUUCUUCAGUAGGAUCUAUGCCUAACAACAAGUACUGCGUUGUGGACUCUGCUUUCCCGACAUUUAAGAAGCAAGCCGUGAUAAUGAGGACCCUGAAUACAGUAGCAGGAAUCCCUUUCAUGUAUUCAUGGUCACCUUUGCAACACAAUUUCAUGGUGGAGGAUGAGACGUUUCUGCACAACAUCCCGUACAUGGGGGACGAGGUGCUGGAACAGGAUGAGGCGUUCUUGGAGGAGCUCAUUGAUAACUAUGAUGGUGUGCAUGGAGACCGAGAAGGGGGCUUCAUCAGUGAUGAAAUUUUCAAAGAGCUGGUUGAGGCACUGAGCCAGUACUCUGACCAAGAGGAAGAUGGAGAGGUCGGAGAAGAGAAGGUGGAAGAGGAGGGGUCAGGAAAGAGUUUUGAUGAGGGUGCAGAAGAUGUCAAGGCGGGGCCACCACUUGUCAUCAAGAGGAAGAGGAGGAGUGUCACAGAGGCUAAAGAUCUACUGACUGGUAAGAAGAUCCCCCACGACGAAAUAUUCAACGCAAUCGCCUCAUUGUUUCCGUAUAAGGGCACGACGGAGCAGCUGAAGGAAAAGUAUAAGGGCCUUCUGGAGCCUCCCAGCCAGGUCAAGCUCCCCCCCCAGUGCACCCUGAAUAUCGAUGGACCCUUCGCCAAGUCUGUGCAGCGGGAGCAGUCGCUGCACUCCUUCCAUACGCUGUUCUGCAGGCGCUGCUUCAAAUAUGACUGCUUCCUCCACCCCUUUCACACCACUCCCAACGUGUACAAGAGGAAGAACAAGGAGAUCCGGGUGGAGUCAGAGCCCUGCGGACUUGAAUGCUUUCUGCUGCAGAAAGGAGCGAGGGAGUUUGCGGAUCAGAACAUGCUGAAGUCGCAGCGGUCCCGGCGGCGCCGGAGGCAAGUCCGACUUCCCAACUCCGCUGGUCCCCGGCCUUCCAUCUCCACCACGGAAGUUAAGGACGGAGACAGUGACCACGAGACCACCAGCUCCUCAGAGGGGAACUCCCGGUGCCAGACUCCCAUCAAGAUGAGGCACCCCGGGGAAGCGGGAGACGACGGGGAGGCUCCAGUCCAGUGGAGUGGUGCCGAGGAGUCCCUCUUCCGGGUUCUGCACGGCACCUACUCCAACAACUUCUGCUCCAUCUCCCGGCUCAUCGGCACGAAGACGUGUAAGCAGGUGUAUGACUUUGCUGUGAAGGAGGUUCUCAUCCACCGAGUGCCCCUGGAGGAAGGGGCCGUUUCCCCUCAGAAGAAGAAAAGGAAGCACAGGCUGUGGGCAAAGAUUCAACUAAAAAAAGAUAAUUCAUCCAAUCAGGUCUACAACUACCAGCCAUGUGACCACCCUGAUCACCCAUGUGACAAUUCCUGCCCCUGUGUGAUGACUCAGAAUUUUUGUGAGAAGUUCUGCCAGUGUGAUCAUGAGUGCCAGAACCGCUUCCCUGGGUGCCGCUGCAAGACGCAGUGCAACACCAAGCAGUGCCCCUGCUACCUGGCGGUGCGGGAAUGCGACCCGGAUCUGUGCUUGACCUGCGGCGCCUCGGACCACUGGGACAGCAAGACUGUGUCCUGCAAGAACUGCAGCAUCCAGAGGGGUCUGAAGAAGCACCUCCUGCUGGCUCCCUCGGACGUUGCAGGCUGGGGGACUUUCAUCAAGGAGGCCGUGCAGAAAAACGAGUUCAUCUCUGAAUACUGCGGAGAGAUCAUUUCACAGGAUGAGGCAGACCGGCGAGGCCGUAUUUAUGACAAAUACAUGUCCAGCUUCCUGUUCAACCUGAACAAUGAUUUUGUUGUUGAUGCCACCAGGAAAGGAAAUAAAAUCCGCUUUGCCAAUCACUCCGUGAACCCGAACUGCUAUGCCAAAGUGGUGAUGGUGAAUGGAGACCACCGCAUUGGCAUUUUCGCCAAAAGGGCUAUCCAGCAAGGAGAGGAACUUUUCUUUGACUACAGGUAUAGCCAGGCAGAUGCCCUGAAGUACGUGGGGAUUGAGCGGGAGAUCGACGUCAUGUAGCGGAGAGAGCUGCCAUGUUGCCCGUCCACGAUGCGCCUGGCACGCAUCUCGGCUGCCUUGCGGGGCUGUGGUGCCAGGCGCUGUUACCUGUAGUCCAUCCUGUGUGUUGCUUUAGCUCCAGGUCAUCUACAAUAGCUGGUCUACAUGAGUUUACAGCAGCAGCUGAGAUGUUAACAAUAUUAGCGGCUCUAUAGUAAUAUAGCCAUGCUGAAUCGUUUACUUUCUUUGGCCAGCAGAGCAGUUUUUGGUCAGUGGGUAGAUCUGAGAAGCUUUGUGUCAGGUGAGAUAAGCCAGAUUCAUCUGUAAUCUGAACUAAUUACAGUAGAAAUAUCGACAUUAAUGCCAAGCUAUCAGUGAGUGUCAUUUGAAUGUACCUGCUACUCCUCACAAACACAGCGGCACCUAGUAACAUAUAACAAAUGUAUCAGUGAAAUAAUUUGUUUCCUUUUGUGCAACAUCCAGACAGUAGGGUUGCAUUGUUGAUGUGGCUUCUGGCUGAGUCUAGUGAGCAGGAUGAAAGGGCCCAUUGCAGCCUCUCUUUACUGCGGUGUCGCCUGCUGUCUGACACACGUGAAAACCGCCAUUGUCCUGUAAGACGCAACAGUGUGAAACCGACCAAGUGAAUGUGAGUUCAGUACAAACGACGGAUAUGCUAGGCUAAUGUGUCAGUCGGCGAUAUGCAUUAAAUCACUGGCAUGGAGACAUCGUGUGUUAAGAGCUUCUUUUUUAAAAUCCCACAUAAGGCCAGUAGCUGCAUGGGGCAUUCUUAGUACCUUCAUCUUCUAGAAGAUGAGCUCCAAACCAUCGUAUUUGUUGUGCAUAUAGUAUAAAUACAUCCCCACAGGUACGAGGUCAGUAUUGAGAAUAAAACAGGUACAAUAAUGCAGUCAAUCAGGUCAGAAAUGCUUUUUCAACGACAGCAGUGGGUUGUGUACGAUUUUAGAGCAGAGGAGCUGGGAAAGCUUAUAGAUCCUUAUGUCCUAUUUUUCGAGAGCAUCACAGUCAAAUCCUCUCUUAAAUGGGCGAUCACAUCAAGUGAAAAUGAGUAAGGGGUCCCUUUGGCUGGACAUGAGACUAUGACUGCUGAAGGGAAUGUACCUGUAGCGUACAUUCGGAGAAUGGAGAAUGAGCUGUGAUCCCACAGUGGGGCCCGUGCUGGAUGCCCCUCAGCUGCAGGCCCCUGGCUCUCCAGUAUGCUCAGUGUCACAGAUACAGUACCUAGUGUGUUCAUGUCUAAACCUGGAACUUUAAGAAACUUUCAAGCAAAAAAAAAAACUCUUUUGUUGCCACUUAAUAGCCUUCUUGAGUGUGUUUUCAAACUAUUCUAGUUCUUGAUUGUUUAUUUUUUUAAAUAUAGGAUCUGCAAAGAUUUUUUUUAUUUAAUGUAAUUUCAUUUUAACCAGAGUGUAUUUUAUUUUAAAUUUUAACCAGAAAUAAUGAAUAACUCUACUUCGAAACGUUUCCAUUAUUUGAAGGCAUGCAAUCUGAAAAUUUCAGUCAAACUGUUGAUUGCAGUUGAAUAGUUUUAUUUAUCGGAGAUGAAAUGCUGCAUUUUAUAGUAGUUUCUUUGGUUAUUUGUGUGUGUUGUGUUUAAUCACCAAGACGUUAUGGAAAAUAUUCUGAGUAGUGCUGUGUGUAGACACACUGUACCAAAAACCAGUGUACCAGAAGACAAAUUGGAUCACACCAUUUCUUCUAAAUUAGCCCUUCACGUCAUGUGGUGAUUAACUAGUCCUGUUUCGCCUUGAAAGGUUUAUAACAAUUUGGUACAAUGAGCAUUAUGGGUGAUGGGUGACAUGCAAGCAUGUCAAUAAAUUUGUGCUUGAAUCCA